AUGUUAUGAAAAAAGAGUCAGACGCAUGGUGGAUGCUGUAGGGACUUUGGCGAGAAUUGGAGAGGAAAGGAAAAUAAACUUCUGUUCAAUAAGAGAGCAAAACGAAACGUUUAUAAUUAAUCAUCCUUCAGCCCCUAGAUGGCAGUGUUUACCUACUUGUGUCACGUUUCUCUUUCGAGUCGCUCGUUGGUGACUCGUUCUGUUUCUCUUUGUUUGAUGCUGCUGGCUGACUGCUCGGACUGUCGUACGAGAUUCUUAAGAAUAAAAGGUGCAGAAGAAGAGAAGUUAAAGAGAAAAAGAGCGGCGAGGAGCAAGUCGAGAAGUGUCGAGAAAAAGUCGCCUCCUUAACAUUAGGCCCUGCACUGAGGUGUCUUAAUGGCUUCCAAGCCUGCACUGUCCACGUGAGAAACACAUCUUAGAAAGGAAGAGCAGACACUUGGGGGGAGAGAAGAGUUUUACACACAGCAAUGGCCUCCACCAAAGAGGACAACGUGAAUGAAAGACUGGCACACGUUAAAGAAGAGGACUGUGAGUGGGGUGCACCAGAAGAUGUUAAGCCCGAGGCCUGUGAAGGGAGAAUUUCAGUUUUCAAUGAGGAGGAGUGCAAGGGGGAGAUUAUUGAAGUUAAGGUGGAGGAUAUGGAGGAUGUCUCACUUAACCAUGAAACUGGGAAGGUUUUCAAACAAGAAGUUUCUGAAGAAUUUCAUUCCAGUUUACAGCAUCGCGGCAUUGACUUGGGACAACUGGCAACCCAGCAGAAUUCUGUGACACUGAAAUCGGAGUUCACUGAGUUUGAAGGAAACAGGAAAGAAGAAGGGCAGCCAUCAUCUAGGAACGUGGAAACAAAUUUAUGUGUGAAUAUCUGCUUCUCCCCAUCUUCAACUGCUCAGCCCUUUCUUGAGUGCAAACUGGAACAGAGACAGGACAAAGAGAAGAUGAAGAAAUCAACAAGAGGAUCAGAACAUUUGACAUUUUCUUUCCCGUAUAAUUCUCUUUCUGUGAGAGAAGCUGUCAAAACUGACCAAGAACAAGCACGUAACACAGAUCAAGAGGUUUUGUGCACUGAUCAAGAAUGUGGAGAAACUUUUAAAAACAAGUCUGACUGUAAAGAUAACAAGUCAGUUCAUUCAGUACCAAAGACAUAUUGCUGUUCUGAAUGUGGCAAAAGUUUCCUCCAUAACAGCAAGCUUCAGGAACACAUAAGAAUUCAUACUGGAGAAAAGCCGUAUUGCUGUUCUGAAUGUGGCAAAAGAUUUACAAAGAGUAGCAAUCUGAAAAGUCACACAAGAAAUCAUACUGGAGAAAAGAAAUACUAUUGUUCUGAAUGUGGCAAAAGAUUUAGCCAUAUUAGCAGUCUUCAGCGUCACACAAGAAUUCACACUGGAGAGAAGCCAUAUUGCUGUUCUGAAUGUGGUAAAAGAUUUAGCCACAGUGGUGAUCUUCAGAGUCACACAAGAAUUCAUACCGGAGAAAAGCCAUAUUGCUGUUCUGAAUGUGGCAAAAGAUUUAGUAAAAGUAGCAAUCUUCAGAGUCACACAAGAAAUCAUACUGGGGAAAAGCCAUACUGCUGUUCUGAAUGUGGCAAAAGGUUCAGCCAGAUUAGCAGUCUUCAGCGUCACACAAAAAUUCAUACUGGAGAAAGGCCAUAUUGCUGUUCUGAAUGUGGUAAAGGAUUUAUCCGGAGUAGCGAUCUUCAGAGUCACACAAGGAUUCAUACUGGGGAGAAGUCAUAUUCUUGCUUAGAAUGUGGCAAACGAUUUUCUGUCAAGUCCAAUCUCCAGAAACACAACAGAAUCCACACAGGAGAAAAGUCAUAUUGCUGUUCUGAAUGUGGAAAACGAUUUUCUGACAGUUCCAGUCUGUCAACCCAUAAGAGAAUCCACACUGGAGAAAAGCCAUAUGGCUGUACUGAAUGUGGCAAAAGAUUUAGCCAGAUUAGCAGUCUUCAGCGUCACACAAGAAUUCACACUGGAGAGAAGCCAUAUUGCUGUUCUGAAUGUGGUAAAAGAUUUAGCCAGAGUGGUGAUCUUCAGAGUCACACAAGAAUUCAUACUGGAGAAAAGCCAUAUUGCUGUUCUGAAUGUGGCAAAAGAUUUAGUAAAAGUAACAAUCUUCUGAGUCACACAAGAAAACAUACUGGGGAAAAGCCAUACUGCUGUUCUGAAUGUGGCAAAAGGUUCAGCCAGAUUAGCAGUCUUCAAUGUCACACAAGAAUUCAUACUGGAGAACGGCCAUAUUGCUGUUCUGAAUGUGGUAAAGGAUUUAUCCGGAGUAGCGAUCUUCAGAGUCACACAAGGAUUCAUACUGGGGAGAAGUCAUAUUCUUGCUUAGAAUGUGGCAAACGAUUUUCUGUCAAGUCCAAUCUCCAGAAACACAACAGAAUCCACACAGGAGAAAAGUCAUAUUGCUGUUCUGUAUGUGGAAAACGAUUUUCUGACAGUUCCAGUCUGUCAACCCAUAAGAGAAUCCACACUGGAGAAAUGCCAUAUGACUGUGCUGAAUGUGGCAAAACAUUUUCUGACAGUUCCAGUCUCUCAAGACAUAAAAGAAUCCAUACUAGAGAAAAGCCAUUUGAACGUGUUGAGUGUGGGUAAAGUUACUUCUUUGACAGCAAGCUUCAGGCGCACACAAGAUUUCAUACUGGAGAUGUGGAAUAAAACUACUGAGAUUGUGCCAGUGGUGCUGGGAUCAACAAGCCUUAUAAAAAAAAAAAAAAAACAUUUCCCGGCCAAUCUGAAUGCCUUACCAAUCACCAUCACUCCAUUUGAAUUACAUAAGGAUGCACUAUUAGGAACAAUACAAAUACUACGCUGAGCCCUGGCAGCAAACCUAAGAGAAUAUCAACAGUAGCUGUGCAAUAAUCAUUCAAGAAAAACAAACACGCUUCAGGAUUCACAAGUGAGGUCCAAUCCUGUCCUGAAAAUUAAGCAGGUUAAACCGUUCUUGAGAAAUUAAUCCCCUAAAACAGAAAGCUGUAUUACUGUUCUGAAUGUGGCAAAAGAUUUAGCAUGUGUAGCAGUCUUGGUGUGCACAAUCAGAUUCAUACUGGAGAGAAGCCAUAUAGCUGUGCUGAAUGUGAAAAAAAAAAUUUUUUUGGGAGUACCCAUCUUCAGAGCCACAAAAGAAUUCACACAGAAUCCAUAUUGCUGUUCUGAUUAUAGAUUAUGAUUUUCUGACAAAAUACAUGAAAGAAUCCACUGGAGAAAAGCCCUAUGGCUGUUCUGAAUGUGGCAAACGAUUUUCUGUCAGUGUUGGUCUCAAACGACAUACAAUAAUCCACAUUGGAGAAAUGGCAUAUUUCUGUUCUCAAUGUGGCAAACAAUUUCCUGACAGUGGCCACUUUUGGCAGCAUAAAUAACUUCAUACUGGAGGGAUGCCAUAAUGCUGCUCUCAAUUUAGCAAAAGAUUCUCCCAUAACCACUGUGUUUAAAAUCACUUUAGAAGUCGCACUGUGCUGCAGUUGUGAAUGUGCCAGAUGAUUUUCCCAUAACAGCAGCCUUCACAAUCAUUCAUAGAUUCACACUGAAGAAAAUCCUUACUGCUGCUCUAAGUGUGGUAAAGGAUUCUCGCUAUUAUGUAAUUUCCAUGGUCAUUUAAGACUUGUUUCUUUUGUGGAUUUUUAUUGUUGUCGUGAGGGU